AUGGCGAAAUUGAAAGAGACGGUUUUGGUAAAAUGCAACGAGUGGAGCUCGGAUAACUUCCCGGACGGCCUCAUACCAUUGGAAGCAAAACGCCAUAGCCUAGAACUCCAUCAACAGUCGCAUUCCCCACCCACCCAAGACCCAAAAAAAAAAAAAAAAUGCCAUUCUCCAUCUCCACCCCUCCCUCCUCCUCCUCCUCCUCCUCGCCGCCGCCGCCGCCGGGCGCCGCCGGCCGAAGCCCAAUCCCGGGCGGUCGAACCCGACCCGACCACGACCCCGACGCCAACCCCGUGGCCGCACCAGUUCCACUCGUUGAUGGUCAUGAACUUCUCGGGCGCGCUCCAGCUGAUCGACCUCUGGUACGACUGGCCCAACGGCCGCAACUUCAACAUCGUCCGGGACCAGCUCUCCCCCACCCUCCUCUACGACCUCGAGUGGAACAACGGCACCUCCUUCUUCUACACCCUCGGCGGCGACUCCCCCAGCUGCCGCACCGCCCAGCUCGAGGUCGGGAUCCUCCGCCCCGGCUGGCUCGAGGGGGCCGCCUACCUGGGCCGCCGCCGCGUCGACGGGUUCCUCUGCGACGGGUGGGAGAAGGCCGACUUCAUCCGGUACUACGAGGACGUCGAGACCAAGAGGCCCGUCCACUGGCGUUUCUACACAGGGAGAGAAGCUCAUGUGAUGACGUUCGAAGUCGGAGCAGCGCUCGAAGAUGCCAAGUGGCAAGCCCCUGCAUACUGCUUCGACCAGAAGGAAGCGGAAGAAGAUGAUGAAUCCGAGGUGAGAGGACGUUCUGCUAGUCUCUGUGACGUGCGAGAAAGCUCUUGUUUCGAUCCCUUUCUCAGUUCUCUCUAGUUUGUUUCGAGAAGGCUAAUGAUCAAUUCACGGUCAUCAUCGGCGGUUUCAGUGCUGUGACUAUGUCAUCUACUGUAAUUCCUGUUGGUCUGAUGCCAAAACUAACUUUUUCUAUCACAUCUGAGCAAUGAAUAACCUGAAGAACAACACAUC